AUGGGAAACGAUCCAUCUGAUAAUCAAUUGAAAAACUACAAAACUGGAAGUAGCGUAAGUUUAUCUUUUAUAAUCACAUUCAUUCUUUUAAAAAAACUAUUACUCAGAGAUUCGCUGGCCAGCUGGUCACUAGGUGGGACCGACUGCCCAUCUGAAAUUGACACGGACAACCACAUCGCCCGUAUUUUUUGCCAGACGACCUGGUCGCGAGGUGGUUCAGUUCAUGCAGACCACCUCGCCCAGGUUGUCCAGCUCGUGCCGACCUCGCGUCCAGAUCGUCUCGCUUAAGAGAAAAAAGUCCAAAAAACUUGUGAAUCAGAGCAUUCUAGAAGAAAUUGGCUCAUUUUCUGUUUUUUCGGAGUACUAGAAACCUUAGGAAGUGAAAAAAACAGUAAAAAUGCACUAUUUUGAGUACAAACCACCGUCUUGCUAGCUUUCCAGGAUUUCAAACACACAGGCCACGUCGCCGGAAAACUCAAGGCGAACUGGUGGCCGAAUCAAAUUCAGCUCGUUUUGAACUUUCCGGCCACCUGGUCCUGAUCUAGUGGCGAGCUGGCCAGCGAAUCUCUGAGUAGAGUGGAUUUUAAAAGUGGGACAUUAUUUUAAAUACGAUAAGCUAAAUAUCUACUGAUAUACUUUAGUAAAUAUCUAAAUAUCUCAAAAUUAGAACACACGCAUUUCCGAAAUUUAUAGUAUUUAACAAUGUUAUAAUUUUCUAGAUUAUCAAAAGGGUAGACUAGUUUACCAUCUAAUAACUUGAAAAAAACUCACGGAGUCGCCAAAAAUCCAUGAAAUGUCGUUUUGAAAAUAGCCAAAUAUUUUUUUUAUUGAGAAAAUGAAAUAAUUUCAAAUAAGUGUAUCUAGGCUUUAUUUUCUGCAAACACCACACACAGACACACACACGCAAAUUGACGACAUAUUUUUAUUUUCUUCCACGGUUUUUAGUUGCUCCCACUUUUCUUGUGUAGUGUUUCCGAUAGAAUUUGUGGCGCCGAUUCAAAUUAACAAUAUGAACAUUUGCAGACUCCGCGUGUUAUUACAACAUCAAAUGGAGCUCCAAUUUAUACAAAGACGGCAGUUUUGACUGCUGGAAGAAGAGGUCCAAUGUUGAUGUCAGAUGUUGUUUAUAUGGAUGAAAUGGCACAUUUUGAUAGAGAAAGAAUUCCAGAAAGAGUUGUACAUGCAAAAGGAGCUGGAGCACAUGGAUAUUUUGAAGUUACACAUGAUAUUACAAAAUAUACCAAGGCUGAUAUUUUCAGUAAAGUGGGAAAACAAACUCCAUUGUUGGUUAGAUUCUCGACUGUUGGUAAGUUCUAGAUUUAUUGAUUUUUAUCAAAGUUUUGUGUGGUUUUUUUUAAAACUUACGAUCUCAAUUUGUUUUUUGAAAAGACUGGUUUUGUACAUAUUGAAAAUGAAAAAUGAAAUAGUCCACGUUUUUUAUCCAAAAAAUAAUAGUACUGAUAAAUUAAUUAAUUUCAAAAACAAAAAUACUCUAAUUUCCAGGUGGUGAGCUUGGAUCUGCUGACACUGCUCGUGAUCCACGUGGAUUUGCUGUCAAAUUUUAUACCGAAGAAGGAAACUGGGAUUUGGUUGGAAAUAAUACUCCAAUCUUUUUCAUUCGUGAUCCAAUUCAUUUCCCGAAUUUUAUUCAUACUCAAAAAAGAAAUCCACAAACUCAUCUCAAAGAUCCAAAUGCUAUGUUUGAUUUCUGGCUCCAUCGCCCUGAAGCUAUGCAUCAAAUAAUGUUUUUAUUCGGAGAUCGUGGACUUCCAGAUGGUUAUAGACAUAUGAAUGGAUAUGGAUCGCAUACAUUCAAAUUUGUUAACAAAGAUGGAAAGGCUGUAUACACCAAAUUCCACUUCAAGGUUAAUUUUUCUGCAAAAAAAUGAAGUUUCAACUUUAAAAAAAACUUUCAGCCAGUCCAAGGUGUCAAGAAUUUGACUGUUCAAAGAGCCGGAGAACUUGCUGGUUCUGAUCCAGAUUAUUCAAUUCGUGAUUUGUUCAAUUCGAUUGAAAAGGGAGAUUAUCCAGUUUGGAAAUUGUAUAUUCAAGUUAUGACAUUUGAAGAAGCUGAAAAAUGGGAAUUCAAUCCAUUCGAUGUUACAAAAGUUUGGCCACAUAAAGAUUAUCCAUUGAUUGAAGUUGGAAAAAUGGUUUUGAACCGAAAUCCAAGAAACUAUUUUGCUGAGGUAAGAUUAUGCAAAAACGCAUCGAAGUUAACUGUUGAAUAAAUUUAGAUCGAACAAUCCGCUUUCUGUCCAGCUCACGUGGUUCCAGGAAUCGAAUUCUCCCCAGAUAAAAUGCUUCAAGGUCGUAUUUUCUCAUACACUGAUACACAUUUCCAUAGACUUGGUCCAAACUACAUUCAAUUACCAGUUAAUUGUCCAUAUCGUGCACGUGCUCAUAAUACUCAAAGAGAUGGUUUAAUGGCAUACGAUAAUCAACAACAUGCUCCAAACUAUUUCCCAAAUAGUUUCAAUGGUCACCGAACUCGUAAAGAUGUUAAAGAUUCAACAUUUACUGUAAGCGGAGAUGUUGAUAGAUAUGAAACUGGAGAUGAUCAUAAUUAUGAGCAACCAAGAGAAUUCUGGUUGAAAACUUUGGAUGCUGGAGCAAGAGAAAGAUUGUGCCAAAACUUUGCUGGAGCUUUGAAAGAUUGCCAUGAUUUUAUUAUCGAAGGAAUGGUUGCUCAUUUCACCAAAGUUCAUCCCGAUUUCGGAAAUCGUGUCAAAACUCUUGUUCGUGAACAAACCCGUGCUCACCUUUAA